GAACAAAUACAGCAGCUUUGUGCAGAUGUGACCUGGGGAGUGGGAGUUUUUCAGUCUCAAAAAUCGAAAGACUAGAAAAGGACAGUGGCCGACAUCCACUGUUUGGACUGAGGUUAUUUGUCAGCGCCCAGCGGAUGAGCCGACUUCUCAUCUGAUUUAUUAGGAACGAUGGCAGGUGGGCGAGAACUGCUGCUCCUGGCAGCAGUGAUUGCUCUCCUGGUGCAAACCGAGCAGAAACCAACAGUGUCCAUGAUUCCCUACCUGACAAAGAUCUUCACCGGAGACUUGCUUUACUUGCACUGUGACAGUAAUCCGACUGGGCCCUCAACAACCUGGGAUUUUAAUGGCAACAUGGCAGCGCAAACUAACACUCUGAAGAUAGCAGCUGCUUCCUCCAAGGACUCAGGAAUCUAUAAAUGUACAAUCAACGGCCAAACAAGUGAUGGCUUCAACUUAGAAGUUCUUGAAUACGUUCCCAUCGCAUCACUUAGCAUCGCAACAGGCCAGCCAGUGAUGCGCAACAACGCCAAAGUUCUGCUGGAGCUUACAAACGAUGAAGGACUGGAGGGAUGGCUCUGCAGAGUCAACCGGGAAAAGAACACCAAAAGAGUUAAACUGAAAUUGAACAACGCAAAUCCAACAUCAUUUAUCUUUGAAACUUCUUCACUGAAGGUACCCGAGACCAUCUACUGGUGUGAAAAGAACGGUACAACGGACAGAAGCAACCAAGUUGUUCUCAGGACCACUGACAAUGAAGUGACUCUGGAAAUGUAUCCGUUUCCUGCAAUGGCAGGAGAGAAAAUGACCCUGAGAUGUCUUGUGUGGGGAACAAAGGAAGUUAUCCAAUCUGUUUUCUACAAAGAGAACGUCAUGACCAAGACAGUUCAUGGAGAUACAUAUAAUAUCCCUAAAGUUACUGAAUCUGAGAUGGGAAGAUAUCGGUGUAAAGCCACCUACAGAUACAAGGACCAGACAGUCAGCCCACAUGUAUACAAAUCUGAUGUUCAGGAUUUACCUGUCCAAGUUCGUCCCGUCGAAGCGGUGCUGUCUGACACCAUGCAGUGUUCCUGUCCGUCAUGUGAUAAACAGGAGGACAUCAAGUCAUACAUGUACUACAAGCAAAAUGGUAACUCCUGGACGAUGCUCGGUCAAAACAAGCAUCCAGACAGUGACGGUACUUACCACUGCAGAGCUGUUUUGGGCAACAUGAGGACUUUACCCAGCAAAGCUGUGGCAAAAAAUCCCAGUAUUUUUUCAUCGGUGAUUGGGAUCUUGGUUUUCAUCAUUGUGCUGGGAUUGCUCAUUUUUGCCGUGGCAUUUUAUAAGUGGAACAAGAAUAGAAAUGCGAGAGUGGACAUUUACGAGCAAGUCCCGAUGAGGCAAGGGGAUGCCAAUUAUGAGGCUAUAAAUAUGAGGCAAGUGAAAGAGGGUGAAUACGACACGCUUCAACCUGGAGCAGAGGGCAGACAGAAGACGGGUGGAGAAUACGAAGCACUGACGAAACGGGAAGGCAAAGACGAAGUUUACCACACUCUGGGAGAAAACGUAGCGUCGGGUGGAGGAGACGGAGGUUACCAAGCUCUGAAGACAGCAGGAAUACAAAAGGAUGAGUAUGACACCCUGAAAACCAAGCAACCAGAGGGCGAGACGGGCGCAGAAAGUGGAGGAAACGGAGGUUACGAAGCUCUAAAAACGGCAGGAAUCCAAAAGGAUGAGUAUGACACCCUGAAAACCAAGCAACCAGAGGGCGAGACGGGCGCAGAAAGUGGAGGAAACGGAGGUUACGAAGCUCUAAAAACGGCAGGAAUCCAAAAGGAUGAGUAUGACACCCUGAAAACCAAGCAACCAGAGGGCGAGACGGGCGCAGAAAGUGGAGGAAACGGAGGUUACGAAGCUCUAAAAACGGCAGGAAUCCAAAAGGAUGAGUAUGACACCCUGAAAACCAAGCAACCAGAGGGCGAGACGGGCGCAGAAAGUGGAGGAAACGGAGGUUACGAAGCUCUGAAGACAGCAGGAAUCUCAAAGGAUGAAUAUGAAACCCUGAAAACCAAGCAAGCAGAGCUGGAGAAAGUGGAAGAGAUAAAAGAGGAGAAAUGAGAGAGAGGCUCUUAGAAGAAUGACGAGUUUCCUUCCACUAGAUGGUGGACAGACCCGCCCAAAAAUGAUCCUCGGUUUGAUCACAAUAUCUGAUUUAAUUUGUGUAAAUUAAUCAUCAGACAAGAAAAAACAGUUGUCUGCAAAUCCUGGUAUUCUAAAGAUUAUGAAAAAAAUAUUUUGUUCGCAACAUAAUGUUCAUGAAAACAAUACUUAUAGAAGGUAAAGUAUAUAUUAUGUGAGAACAAAGUACUUCUACUGACAAUACAUACGGUAUACUGUACAUUAAUGUGACCUACCAAUAUAGAAAAUACUAUAAAAAUUAACUUGUCCUAACAAAAACUGUAGAUUUAUGUUUCUGAUGUAUUUUUAAUUUUUCUUCAGUCAGUAAAGUAACUAGAUAGUUACUUAUUUACUGGAUAGAGUAGCCAGAACGUUUUACCCAUUGAGAGUACUGUUACUUAAAAAAUAAUAUUACUUAAGUAAAAGUACGGUAAAACUACUGCUAGAGCUACGUUUUUAUAAUAGUUACUAAAUGUGAGUUACUUCUCACCUCUUCAAAGUAGUCAGUGACAGUAUGUACAUAAAAAGAAUAAUAAUAAAAUACAUUCAAUAUAUUUCCGUUCAUAUAAAUUGUGUAAUUAUGGAGAGAAAAUGUUUUUGGUUCACCUCUAUCAUUUAUGUUUAUUAUUUAAAUAAUUAAAAUUAUUAAAAUAUCAACUGAUAGAUAGAAGUACAACAUUCAUUUUGGGAGAUGAACAACCAACAAACAAAACUCUGGAAUCAGAGUUUCCACUUUUCUUAUUUUUCAGAUAUUUUCAUAUGUUUUAUUGCUUACUUUCAUAUUUCAUGUACUUUGAAUCGCAGUGAUAAACAUUAUUUACUUAAACUGAUCAAGCUGAUGUAACUCAUACUUUAAGUUACUUUAAGUUCUGACAAUGUUUCCGUUACAUUUUCAAGACAUUCAAAGCUUCAGAAUAAGAAAAUUAACAUUUAUCAGCAAACCAUGCAGAUUUUUCUAUCAUAAAAUGCAAUAUUACAUGCUUCAGUAUUAAUCUUACAGAUUUCUUUUUUUUAUU